CCGCGAUAUAUCAGAAUAUGAAGAAUUACCACCUGGUAAUGAAGAUUCUAGGACUCUUCAACCCCAGGAGUCAUGGAAUACAUUUUUUAGCCAUCCAGAAGCAUCUUUCGUUAGGCUUAAUUUUUCUAUGCCCCAUAAUUCCCGAUUGGCUUUGUUGGCAAGAAAGAAUGAGCCCCCAUCUAUUACAUCUUAUGAUAUCAUGGAAGUUAUUGGCGAUGAAAUGAGAAGAUACGUAAGAGCAGCAUUGCCUCGCCAGGAAAUAAGCUUUCUUCAUUUUCUGGAACCAGGGACGUGGUACUUUUCCAUUAUUAAUGAUGAUAGUACAGCAAUCGGUGUUUCAUUUCAGCCAUCCCUCGCAAGGGACGUGCCGACGUCGUGCCCAAACAAUUGUCAUCACCAUGGAAACUGUCAUCUGGGCAAGUGCCACUGCUUUCCCGGAUACAUUGGACAUGAUUGUGCUGACAGUGUCUGUCCCGUUCAUUGCAAUGGCCAUGGCAGAUAUGUCCAAGGAAUUUGUCGAUGUGAAACAGGUUGGAAAGGAGCCGAGUGUAAUGUUCCUGUUACAGAGUGUGAAGUAAUGGAUUGCAACAAUCAAGGAUUUUGUGUUGGAGGAAAAUGCCAAUGUCGCGCUGGUUACAAAGGACACCACUGUGAAGAAGUGGAUUGUCUGGAUCCAUCUUGCACUGGUCAUGGUGCUUGCGUGAAUGGACAGUGUUGGUGCAAAACGGGAUGGAGAGGAGUCAAUUGUAGUGAAGCUGAUAACAGGUUGAGUCGUUGCUUCCCUGAUUGCAGCAAACAUGGAGUGUACGAUUUGGAGACAGAAAGUUGCAUAUGUUUUGAUCAUUGGGCUGGAUCUGAUUGCUCUAGAGCAAAAUGUGGAUUAGAUUGCGGCAACAAUGGACAGUGUGAAGAAGGAAGAUGUCGUUGUGACCCAGGUUGGAGUGGUGCACGUUGUGAUCAAAAGACAUGCGACAAUCGUUGUCACGAUCAUGGACAGUGCAAAAAUGGUACUUGCGUCUGUGUUCAAGGCUGGAUGGGUACGCAUUGCACUUUGGAAGGGUGCCCAGAUAAUUGUGGAGGAGUGUCAAAGGGUCAAUGUGUCCAGGAAGAAGGUCAGUGGAGCUGCCGAUGUGAAGAUGGAUGGGGAGGCAGUGACUGUAAGACGAGACAAGAAACAAGCUGCAUUGAUGAUAAAGAUAACGACCAAGACGGGUUAGUGGAUUGCGCUGACAGUGAGUGUUGCAUCAGGGAUGUAUGUAAAGACAGUCUAAUGUGCCUUUCAGCUCCAGAUCCUCUGGAUAUUUUGCUUCGAAAGCAGCCACCAGCUGUUACUGCUACAUUUUAUCAGAAAAUGAAAUUUUUAAUAGAAGAAGACAGUGUGCAAAGCUAUGCUCACAGAGAUGAAUAUUCAGAGAGUCGUGUAUCAGUGGCAAGAGGACAAGUGAUUAACAAAGAAGGGACAGGAUUGAUAGGUGUUCGUGUCAGUGUAGCAACUGAUCCUCAGUUUGGAUUUACCUUAACACGACCGGAUGGGUGGUUUGAUAUUUUAGUAAAUGGUGGAAGUGCUGUUACUUUGCAAUUUCAAAGGAACCCUUUUCACCCAAUAAAAAGAACUGUUUUGGUACCAUGGAAUGAUAUUGUUGUAAUGCAACCUGUUGUUAUGUCAGCUGUUAUUGAUCCUGAACCUGUUCCAAAGUCUAUGUCGACAGAUGCAUGCCAUGAACAUGACUAUGACUAUAUGAAACCCAUUGUUUAUCAAACCUGGAGACCUGUUUCAGAAGGAGGCUGUACUGAAAAUAGCGCUGUGAUUGCAGAAACUCAGGUUCUGCAGGAAAGUUUAUCUAUCCCAGGAUCUGAUCUGCAUCUCGUUUAUCAUAGCAGUCAUGCCCACGGCUAUUUAUCAACAAUUCAUCUGCAACUUACUCCCAGCAACAUAUCCUUAACAUUACGAUUAGUCCACCUGCAUAUCAUUAUUGAAGGCAUAUUCUUUGAGAGAAUAUUUGAAGCCGAUCCUGACAUCAAAUUUACUUACGCUUGGAGUAAACGCAAUGUUUAUAAACAGAAAGUAUAUGGAUUAACCACGGCAAGAGUUUUCGUUGGAUAUGAUUACAUAAAUUGCCCAGGCAUCAUAUGGACCUCUCAUUCCAUGACAAUUAAAGGAUAUGAUAUGGAAACAUCAGAGCUUGGAGGUUGGAAUUUGGAUAUACAUCAUCGCUACAACUUCCAUGAAGGCGUUUUACAAAAAGGGGAUGGAACAACAAUAUAUUUUAAGCAACAACCGAGAGUGAUAACAGCACUAAUGGGGACAGGACAUCAACGGCCGAUGCUGUGUCCCGAAUGUAAUGGCAUCGCUAAGGAAGCUAGAUUGUUAGCACCGGUAGCUUUGACGUCAGGACCAGAUGGCAGUGUAUAUGUAGGAGAUUUUAAUCUCAUUCGUAGAAUAACACCCAAUGGACAAGUGUAUACAGUUUUCCGAAUGAGGACGACUGACAUGUCUACCCACUAUCACAUCACCCUGAGUCCAACUGAUGGACAUCUUUAUAUCUCUGAUCCAGAAAGGCAUCAAAUUCUCAGGAUACACUCCCUGGAUAAAGUGGAAGACUUGGAAUCCAAUUUCGAUGUGGUGGUUGGCAGUGGUGAUCGCUGUUUACCAAGAGAUCGUGAUAACUGCGGAGAUGGAAAACCAGCUUUAGAAGCUCGACUUUCGUAUCCUAAAGGAAUGGCCGUUGCUGUUGAUAAUCGGAUGUAUUUUGCUGAUGGAUCGAAUAUUCGAAUGGUAGACAGUAGAGGAAUAAUUCAUACGAUGAUAGGUGAUCAUCAUCAUAAACGACAAUGGCGACCAAUACCUUGCACUGGAACUCUAAAAAUUGAAGAGGCAAAACUUCGAUGGCCCACUGACUUAGCUAUAAAUCCUUUAGACAACUCUCUAUAUUUUAUCGAUGACCAUAUGGUGCUGAAGCUCACUCAGGACCAAAGAGUUAUGGUGAUAGCAGGACAUCCAGUUUAUUGCCGACCACAAAAUAAUCGCCUGAAAUCUAGAAUAACUGGUGGAAAUUUACUCUGGUCAUUAAUCGGAUUCACAUUUAGUCCCACUGGUACAAUGUAUUUAGCAGAAGUAGAUUCCAAAAACGUUCACCGAAUACGUAUGUUAACAUCAGAUGGUGAAUUGCUGCAUUUCGCUGGAAGAGAAGGUGUUUGUGAUUGUGACUGGCAAAACUGUACAUGUUCUUCGAGAGAAGAAGGACAGCUUGCAGUGGAUACAAGACUUCUGUCUGUCACGUCCAUCACCGUCACCGGUGAUGGCGUUGUCCAUAUAGCUGAUCAGGGAAACUUGAAAAUUCUAUCUGCUAUUCCGUACUUACCUAUAGCCGACAGCAAUCAAGAAUUUCAGAUUUCAUUUCCAGAACACCAUGAAAUUUAUGUCUUCAACAAAUAUGGACAGCAUAUCACAACUAAAAAUAUCCUGACCGGGAGAACUGUUUAUAACUUCCAUUACAAUGUAAAUACUAGUUUUGGAAAAUUAAGUGCAGUUACAGAUGCAUCAGGGAAUAAAAUAGCGUUUCUUAGGGACCAAGGAAAUAGUUUACAUACAAUUGAAACAGCUAGAGGACAGAAGUGCAGAGUUCAAAUGGGAAAGCAGAGUAUAUUGGAAGUGUUUGUCGAUCCAGACAACAUGGAAACCGUGUUUGAUUAUGAUAGUAACGGAUUGUUGACAAGUCGAUCAGAUGCUGCGGGACGAUCAUUUUUUUAUGUCUACGAUGAAAAUGGCCGAUUAACGCAAGUUGUUAAACCUAGUGGCCAAGAGACAGUUUUAACUUUUGAUCUUGGGCCAGAUGGCGCCUCUGUAAUAGCAACAGAUCAAAAUAAAGGGGAACAUUCGAUGGUAACAGUGAAAGGGAAUACAGUUGUCAGUCAGCAAGGUCCAGUUUUGAUUAAAACUACUAUUCACCAAGAUGGUGUUAUAGAAGUUGAAACACCAUGGCAACAAGGCUUAGUUUGGGAAUCAGUGCCACAUCCUGUCCUAAUGGGUACACUUCCGGUCCAAGCAGGAAUGUUCCCCGUUCCCUUGCGCCUCACUUCCUUUGAUGAAGAUGAUGAAAAUACCAUGUCUUCCUGGAAUUACGAUAUUAAAUACAAUCGAAAAGAUAAGGAGAAGACCAUUGCAGCAGUGGAGAGGGUUCUUGUGGUGAAUGAAACACAAAUACUCACAGUGGAAUAUGACUGGGUUGCUGGUCGAGAAAUACUAUACAAUAGUUCCAGAAGACCUUUUCUUGUCGUUCAGUAUGAUGGGUUUUCUAGACCAGUCCAGUGGUUACCAACUGAUACGCGGCUACCUCUAAAUCUAAUGUACGAGAGAUUAGGAAGAUUAUCUGGAUGGCAACAAGGGAGCUUAUCGGAAACCUAUUCUUAUGAUCGAAUGGGACAUUUGACCGAAAUAAAAAAUCCAGAUGUGUCUGCCAUGAAGUUUUCCUACGAUUUGAAAACCAUGCCUGCUAAAAUAUCAUUACCUAGUGGUCGCAAGUUUACAUAUCAUUACGAUGAAAAUGGAGGUUUGAAAUACGUCACAACACCAAAAGGAACUAGGCAUACGUUUACUGCUUACGUCUCAAUAGGCUUCUACAAGUUGCUUUACACUCCCCCAGGCAACACUGGAUCAUAUGUUGUGCACUUUAAUGACCAAAAACUUCCAUUAUUGAAAACAUAUCCCGGUGAUCUUGGUCGAGCUUUAUAUUGUUAUGAUAAUAGAAUGAUGCUUACGUCCAUUGUUUAUGGUGGUGGAAAAAUUGAAAGAAAUUACAGUGCUGCUGGAUUCAUCAACUAUGAAGCUUGGAGAACCCAAGACGUUGAUAUCAUCAGUGAAUUCCAAUAUAAAGGUGCGUCCCUUGCAAGAUGGCGAAUGAAAUUCAACAGUCCAUUUCCUUUGACUAACGCCGUUUUUACAUACACCUUUGAUGGAAUGCAGCGACUUGUCUUAAUUGUUCCAAAAAUAGGAAACAUGCCAUUACAGCCCCUAGAAUUCUCCACUAAUAUGACAACUGGACGUAAAGAACAAAUCGGACCUUUCCGUUGUUAUGAACGAUUCCACAAUGAGUCAGUUGUGUCAGACGGAGUGGCUUCAAUAACAAGACAAGUUGAUCCUCUAUAUAGGCUGAAAUUUCUAUCUAUAGUCAUUAGCGACAAGGAAGUAUACAGGGUUGACAUGCAAUAUGAUAAUCGAAACGCAGUUACUCAGUCCAAAAUCUUCAUGAAGCACCUUGGUGUUUCGAAAGUACGAGUACAAAAUUAUUCGUAUGAUGAAGAUGGGCAAUUGGUCGAAAUGGUGGGAAGAGAUCACUGGAAAUUCCACUACGACCAGAACGGCAACAUGGUCACAAUGCAAUACAUGGGCAACAAAAUCGAUAUUCUUCAUGACAAUGGUGAUCGAAUUGUCAGUUUUGGUGAAACUCCAUACGUUCUGGAUGGACGUGGAUUCGUCACCCAAAGAGGGGAGGAGAGAUUCGUCUACAAUACCAAAAGACAACUGACACGUGCCUUUAGAAUAGGAAGAUAUGACAUAGACUAUUAUUAUGACGGGCGUGGGAGGUUGUCCGUAAGAAAAGACAAUGUUGGAAAUGUCACUCAAUUUUUUUAUGCCCAUCCAGAAGAUCCGUACGCAGUGACGCAUAUUUAUAACAAUGCUGAUGGCAGGACAAUAACUUUAAUGUACGAUGACCGAAAGUAUCCUAUGUUUAUACUUUUGAACAAAGAGAGCUUUUAUAUUGCAACAGACCAUACUGGUAGCCCUCUAUUGGUCUAUGAUGUCUAUGGAGAUGUUGUAAAAGAAAUCCACCGUGGGCCAUACGGUCAUGUGCUAUUUGAUUCGAAUCCUAAUUUCUACCUUCCCGUUGACUUCCAAGGGGGUCUGUUAGACCCUAUGACUGGGCUUAUUCAUUUUGGAGAUAGAGUCUAUGACUCGUUAGUAGGUCAAUGGAUGACUCCCGGUUGGAACGAGAUACUGAAGUCCUUGUCAAACCCUAAACGCCUGCAUUUAUACAGAUUCAAUGAGAAUGAUCCAGUAAAUAUAAAUCAUGGAUUGCAAAAUAAAUUAGAUCUGAAAGGAUGGAUUAGGUAUCAAGGAAUCAAUUUGGAUACUUUAGAUUUAGCUGCAAAUGAGAUUUACAAUCGAUCUCCAUAUGAUUUAAGUAGCAUCGAUUUUGAACCUUUACAUUUGGAUUUGCCAACAGUACCUCUGAUAUCUGGCCUGACAUGUUCUGUUCAGCAGAAACUUCUGAAGUUUGCAAGACUGACUAGUGUCCAAAAAUCGAAAGUAAAAACAGAACAACUUUUCGACCCAUCACUUCCGAAAAUCAGCACUCUGAAUGUACCAUUUGGAAAAGGUAUUACAGUGUCUAACGUGAAUGGCAGAGCUGUUGUGAGAGCUUCUGCAAGAGCUGAAAUAAUCCGGAAGGAUGUAUUUUCGGCUGUUUUUAACAAUUGCCAUAUUUUAGAUCUUCAUUUAUCGUUCCAUGGUCAAGAUGUGUUCUAUUUAGUGAAAGACAACACUAGAAGGGUGGGGGAUGACUUGAAUCAAUUGCAGAGGUUAGGUAACUCCGCUGUCAAUACCACGGUGCAUGAAAGUAAAUUAGAAGAAGGGGAGGGCCAUGCGGCUUCUAAUCAGCAACACCAAGUAGAUGUUCGAAUACACUCCAAUCACGCUAUUCUUAAUAUUAGAUAUGGGACAACAGCGGAAAAAGAACGCCAAAGAUUAUUGAGGCAUGCAAAGAGACAAGCUGUUUCACAAAGAUGGUCGCAAGAAAGAGAUAUAAUUUCCUCAAACCAAAGAGGUCCCUUAAAAUGGACAGAACGAGAGAAAGAACAAAUACUAAGUACUGGUUUUGCAAAUGGUUAUAGGGGCGAAUACUACCACGAUGUUAAUUUGUAUCCAGAAUUAGCAGACGAUCCAUCAAAUGUUGUUUUUCAUAAAAAUAAUGAGAAGCACAGAAAGAGGUGAUUGUCAGCAAAUAAUGUUUGAUUUGUGAGAUUAAAUACAGAAUCAAUUCUGAAUAUUAUUUCGUACCAUUUGAGUACGACUGCCUGGAAUUAUCAGAACAGCGUUUUAAGUCUUUCAUCCGCGUUGGAAAAAAAAGUUCUGAAGCAAAAAGAUCAAGAUAUUAUAGGUGCCAAGUUGUUGGAAGAUUGAGUAUUUUCUAUGUAAUCAACUCAGGAUUGUAUGGUAUUACAGUGGAAAUUUUAAAUGAUUUACAGUGUACGGUUUCUUUUUUCUUCCACAUUUAAUUUUCACUAUUGAUUUGUAUGGAUAGAAGAUUGUAAUGCAAAUAAUUUGUAUCUCUAUCCAACUUGUGAUAGUAUGAUAUAAACAUGAUGCGCAUAGUGCUUUAAGAAAGAGUGAGCUCUCUGAUUUGUAUUACUGAGGCCUAUUUAAAACAGUAAAUAAAUUGGUUGUAUUAUGUAAUAUUUAGGAAAAAUGUGUACAUAUCCUACGAACUAUGGAAAAAAAACAUUUAAAUUAACUUUUUAAACUAAAUAAUUUUUAAUAUUUUCGUUUCGUGUUUGCAGAAAUAAAAUUUAAUAAAUAUAUAUAUAUUCAUGGAACUUGCAUCGUACGAGAAAAUCAAAUACUCGUAUGCUUGUAUCGUGAAAAAAAAAGUGAAUUACAAUUUUUUAUAAAAGUUGUACAGAUUAAGGUAUUCUUUAUAUGUAUGAUGAAAAAUUUGAAUUAUGUAAGUACUUAUUGCUGAGCUUGUGUGUGUACGUGUCUUCAUAUCGAACUAAUAACAACUAUUCUUUCUUUCUUCUUUAAUUAUACUUAAAGUCUUUCUAUGCUAAAAAAGUUUAAUUGAAACUUCGCAUGUUAAUUUGAUUACUGAAUAACAACAUUUUAGUUGUUACAACUCAUAUGAAUCUUUUCUAUGGUGUAUUGAAUCUUAUGCAAUUUCAAAAGUAUUGAUAAUUCAAUGUUUAUUUAAGCAGCUUUUAUUAAUAAAUGAGGAGGAAGCUGUAUUUUGUAAAUGCAGAAUGGAUUAUUGCAAAAAAUUGCAAAAUUAUAAUCUCUUGGCAUUUUUCAUUUAACCUUUUUAAUGUGCAGUACACAAAGCAAAAAACGGACCACUCUGAAUAACUUUUGAUCUUUCGAUCAGAUCUUCAUGUUCUAUGAAUUAAUUCAAAAGGUUCGAUGAGGUGACCUCAAAUAUGCUAACUAAUAAGUGCAAACUCAACAAGAUACUUUAUCUGAAUAAAUAUACCUUUCCUAAGACCGGUUCGGUUUUUUGAUUCCCAAAAUAUAGGGUGUAGGCGCAAUCUGAAAAAUAAGGUUCCAAUAGUUUGGUCAGGGGAGAAGUUCAAAGUUUAGACCCCUUAAAGUUAAUUUUACUAAAUGCGUAUUUUGCCAUA